UUUUUACAAUAAUACCAUCACUUUCAGAUGACGCCUCUGCUCCCCGGGUGGGUGUUGCUGUCGUUGUUGUUGGCCACGGUCGCCGCGCAUCCGGUUCGCCACGCAUGCGUCCGCCUCUGCCAUGCACGGAACACCGCCGAAAUCACGGGAGUGUGCGGCCACCAUCGGGAUCUUCAGUCCGGUGCAGGCCGGCCCCCGAAUCUCUUCGCCCUCUGCUUGACCCCGUGCCAUGGUGCACCGGAUACCAUCCGCUACGACGGCAGCCCCGUCUGUCGCGCGUUCAGGGAGUCGCUCGUCAAGCGUCACGGUUGCUCCUGUCGCCGCGUAGAUCGCGAUGAGAGGGCUGGCGACCUCCACGAGCAGAUGGAGGAGGAGGAGGAGGAGGUGGAGGAGGAUGAGAAGCAGAAGAGGUUGAAGCAGAUCGAUGGAGCCACGUCGAAACACAGGACGAUCGACGAUCGACGCUUUUGGUCCGUCGCUUCUGUCGGGGAUCGGCGUGGAAUCGAGGAGGAGAAGGAGGAGGAGGAGCUUUCCGAGAGGAGCGUGGAGAUGGAGAUGGACGAGGCGUGGAGCGUGGAAAAGAACGCUACCGCCGGCAAUUUGAGCCCCGAUUCGCCUAUGGACGAGGAUUCCAUGGAUUGGGAUCUAUGGUGUGUCAGCCAGUGCGACAACGGUAAGGGCGGCAGCGCCUGUCAUUGCGACAUUAUACCUUGAAGCGGAGGAGGGAUGAUGGGACGAGAUGAAGAUGGACGAAUUUACAUAUCUCGUAGAUUAGUCGGUGGACGAUGGUGGAGAUAAUAGGACGUAAGGUUAGUCUUAUUUAGUUG